UUUUCUUGAGUUUUCUCACUCUUGAGCAUCGAGGCUAUUUUUCUGAUUGUCGUGAGUUUUCUUCGAUUUUCACUCGAUAAUUUUGUUUCGUUUACCACGGGCAGACUGACGAUGACCGAAUAAAAGAAAGUUUCCGUACGAGGAAGCGACCGAGGCGCUCGCGAGUAAUAAAGGUUAAAAAUUAUUUGAACAUGAAUUGAAGAUAGAAGAAUUGAAAUGGCUGCCGCUCGGGCUGUAGCUAUAAUUGCACAUGUUGCUUUUUUCGGUACCGCCUACUACCUUCGAUUUGGAAAUCCUUUGCCUUCUCUCCAUCGCUGGAUCUUCAAAAGGACUUUUGUUCUUGGUCAACACCAUAUAGAAAUCAAUAAUGUAGAUAUCGCUUCAGGAAAAACCGACGCUGUACGCGAAUGUUUAGAGAAGCAAUGCGCUGGAUUGACGUCGAACCAGAAGAUUGGCGGCUUGACAACCGAAGAGUCGCUCGUUCUGAGUCUCCUCCAACAUUAUUCUUCAUGUUAUUGUCUCAACAGCCUAGACUAUGCAUCGCUAGCCGUUAUGAAAGGCUUCAAGUGGCUUGACAAAUCGACCUGGAACAACUUUCGAGCCACAAUCGAUUGUCAUGAACAAUCGAAAUCAUCAAAAAUUACCAUCCAGCAGACGGUUGAGUUGUUGAAGAAAUUUCAGCGCUUUUGGGCUCAGCAGCACCCCAAGAGUUGCCAUUCUGAAAUCAUCUGCUUCGGUUUUUAUAUGUCUUCGUCAAAUUUUAGUCGUCUAGCCUUUAAUCGACCAGAAAAACCUGCAACAUCAUCAUCGCCUCAUCCAACGUAUUACUUGUGGUACGACAAGAAUAAGAAAUGUUUCGACGCCAUAACUUGUCUUUCAAACUUUUAUGAAGACACGGCUUCCUAUUGGGAAUAUCUGAAGUGGCGUGCCGGAAUUUGUCUCGAUCAAUUUUUCCAGCAGGAAUUUGUCGCUUUAUGCGACGAGGCGUUAGAAGUCCGAAUCGCUCAAUUUAGCGAUGAAGUCAAAUCGUUUGGGAAAACGUUUGGUUCUUUCAAGAGACAGUUUGAUGAAUGGAAAAUUGGCAACGAAUUCGACCACGUGGUUUUAGACAUGGACAGUUGCACCCGAUCGCCGGAUAAGAAAUCCAAGAAUUCCGCCUCGGCGUGGUGUGAGCAACUUUGGCAACUCACGGCACGCUGUUUGGUCCGUCAAAUGGAGCAGGGCUUUAUCGACAGAAAGAGGAAAAUUGAGAUGAAUUGCAUAGAAAGAAAUAGCGAAAUCGACAAGAUCCGAGAGAACGUUGAACGCUUAAACUGGGAACUUGGCAAAGCCCGCCAACGCAAAAGCGAACUAGAUCGACGUGUGUCUGACGAAUCCCAGCAGUUGGAAGAAUUAGUUUGGAAUCAAUUGCUUCGCGAUCUGGCUAAUCCCGGCUUUGUUCCCGACUACCACUUGGCUUACGAACGUCAAAAUCACGAAAUCUACCAAGAAAAGAAUGCUUCCCAAUUAGCCGUCAAGGUUUUUAACCUAAUACAUCCACCGACUACUAAUAAAGAGAAGCGGGCCGCGUUAGAGAAAUACGUGAAAAACCAGUCGAAUAAGAAGCAAGUGUUGGAAAAAUUGCACUCGGCUUUGGACAACUUUGUAGGACGAGAAAUCAGCAAAGAAGCGAGUGUCGUGCUGACGAAAGUUGCGGAGAAAGUUGCAUCGUCAGUAAAACUCGACAAAGUUUGGAAAAUUGGCAUCUACGCGAAACGAGUUAUCUACGUGGAUUGCGACUGGGAAGUGCCCGGCAUCAGCGUGAGCCUGGUGGCUCCGCUUAUUCGUGUCGUCAGUUCACCCGACAGCAAAUGCCGGACCAUAACAACGUCGGGCCGUGAUGGCAAAGAGCACGAGAGUCCGAAAGCAGCCGAUGGAAACGGAGCGGGCGAAAACGGAAGCCAUGGACUAAGAGGUCGACAUGGCGAGCAUGCCGGACACGUCAUGAUUGACUGCGAAAGUUUCACUGGUCAUUUGAAGAUUGUGGCUCGCGGUGGGAAAGGAGCUGACGGCCAGGACGGCGGUGACGGCCAACCCGGCCAUAAAGGAUCUGACGGAGCUGACGGAACAUUUCCCAGCAAUUAUGCAGAAGGAUAUACUUGGUAUUAUUUCGAUCGCAAAUUUUUGUACGAGAACAAAGGCCGGCCAGGAAAUCCUGGCGGAAAUGGUGGAUCGGGAGGCAACAGCGGCAAGGGUGGAUUAGGCGGACGAGGUGGACUAGUGGAAAUCACAGUAUCACAAAGUGAUGUAACUAACCUCUUCGAACGAGACUGUGAAAAAGGAAAGACGGGUAAAAAUGGCAAUCCUGGUCGCGGUGCCCCGGGAGGAUCGGGCGGCAAACACGGACAAGAUGCGUUUUUAUAUUUCGAGCCAGACAAGUGGUGGUCAUCUAAUGUGACAGUGAAUAAGGGGCACUGGCGACGUCACAAGAGUAUCCGAAACGAUUUGAGUAAGGUCCGUUCGGCUAAUAGAAUAAUCGGAUAUAGGAAGUUUGGAAUUCCAAGAAUUUGGAUCAGUUCAAUGAGGUAUGCUGCGGCAGGCAAACGCGGAAACGAAGGCAAAAUUUCCGUGGCUGAUGAUGUGCCGCAGAGAAAUCACCCUUUUAACGCAUUUGCUGAUGAAACCGCUUCACAAUUUUACAGUCAUCGUCAUAAAACAAGAAAACAAGACGAUGGUGAUCUAGAAUGGGAGAGUAAAUUGGAAGCGAUACGUAGCGCCGAACGGCAGCAAGCAGAAGAAGCGGAAUCUAUCGAUCGGAUGUCGAGGGACAUGGUCGGAGAACAGAAUGCCAUUUCACGUCACGAAAAAGUGCUGGCCUCCGAUCUCAAACGACUCAGGCGCUUGAAAAGAAUCCGCCUGCGCGUCCGAUCAAAAAUUCAAGAAACAUUUGAGCAACGCAUCGCUCAGCAAUCUGUUGUCAGCCAAAGGAUAACGAGACAGCAGAAAUUGAACUUUAAAGACGAUGAGCUCGUCCUUGCAGCUGCCAGCAGCAGUGUUUCAUCAAUAGGAGAUCCUGGGACAGAUGUUCGAUCCGGCCGUCUGGUUUUGGAAAAAUCGACAGUGACACAGCGUUGCUUGGUUAAAUUCCAUGAGUUGGUCAACUUGAUCAAGUUCUUUAAGAGCAAGGCUAUUAAACGUAUCUAUUAAAUCAGUUUAUGUGAUCACAAACUUAAAGAACAAUCAGUUGUUCAAGUCAUCUCCCCCCCCCCCCCGCUUCAUUUAGUAAACAUUGGAACAUUUAGUUUCUUUAUCUUUCUACAUUUGCCUUUUUGAAUUGCUUUAUUUUGAAUUAUGACUGAACACCUAAAUGUGUGCAUCAUGAUAUUACUUCCACUUGGGUGUUUUUACUUUAUUUCAUGGGUAUGUAAUUGAAUAAUUAUUAGAUAUUUUAUUGGAAAUGUUGAAGCCUGUAAAGGGUAUGGACUCUGGACUUGACAGUAGGGGUAUAAAGAGAAAUAAACAACGACAAAAACUCAUGCAUUGCAGUGUUUCCCUGGUCAUAAUUUAGACAUAAUCUUCAAAUUUUGUCGGCUCAACCAUUUGCAUACUAAAAAAAAUGUACGAAGCUAACACAGUGUUAUCCAGACGAGACUUUAUUCAUUUUUAGAAGCUACUGUUUCUUAUGGCAACAAUACAUGAUUGAGAAUCUUCUAUAGUAUUCAGUAUUCACACUAAAAGUUAAGAAAAGUUAAUUUUCACCAUUUAUCAGUCGGAAACUUUUUAAUUAGACACCAACAUUUUUCU